AUGAAUUUACCUAUCAAUAAAAUUAAGAAUGGAGGUGGAGAACGUGUCAAAGAGAAAACAACUCGACCAAAGAGCAAACACAACCACAGACCACCAAUUGAUCUAAAAGCAGCAAGAAUUCCCGUACCCUUUUACGCAUAUCUGUCUGCAGAUCUUGCGAUAAGUUCGGUGUCAACUCAUUCAAUUAUAAAGUACGACGUGGUUGACCUCAACCUUGGUAACGGCUAUGAUGCUUCAUCUGGUCAGUUUACAGCACCUAGUGAUGGUCUGUACGUGAUACACAUAACAACGUUAACAGGGGCCAGAGAUUCCUCACAUGCUGUGGUAGAACUUAUCUCGAAUGGAGUUAUAAAGGACAUUACGUGGGCUCACUCAAUGAAUCAUCCAGAUCGUGCCGUAGCGACAACUGUUGAUUUGAGGAAAGGGGAUAAAGUAAAUGCCAGAAUAGGUACUGCAAAAGGUGGAGCAGUUCUGGAAAGUACGACCCAUAUCCGUUGUAGCUUCUCUGGUUUCAAAGUUCAGUAA